AUGGAUGGAAACAAAGACGAUGCAUUGAAAUCCUUCAGAAUCGGUAAACAAGCCUUGCAAAACGGCGAUCGGAAUCGCGCUUUGAAGUUUCUUAACAAAGCUCGCCGCCUCGAUCCCGCCCUUCCCGUUGACGAUCUCUUGUCCACCAUAGACAAAGAUGAAGGGGAUCAUCCUCCAGUAGCUGCCGACACGCCUCCCUCCGAUCAACCUUCGAUACGUCGAAGAUCUUCCGCUCCGGCGCCGGGGCCUUCCUCGUCUUCCUCAAUAUCAUAUAGUCAGGAACAAAUUUCAAUUAUAAGAGAAAUUAAGAGGAAGAAGAAUUAUUACGAUAUUUUAGGGUUGGAGAAGAGUUGCACUGUGGAUGAUGUCAGAAAAUCUUAUAGGAAGCUCUCUUUGAAGGUUCAUCCUGACAAGAACAAGGCCCCUGGAGCGGAGGACGCAUUUAAGUUGGUGUCCAAGGCUUUUCAGUGUCUUGGUAAUGAGGAGAGUAAGAGAAAGUAUGAUGUUUCUGGAGAAGAUGAAGUGGUUUAUGAAAGGCGCGCUGCCGCCAGACCCGCUCAUGCUAGAGGUUUUAAUGGUUACUAUGAUGCUGAUGUUGACGCCGAGGAAAUAUUUAGAAAUUUCUUCUUUGGAGGAAUGGCCCCUGCUGCUAAUUUCGGUGGCUUUAGUUUUGGAGGACCCGGGAUGGCUCAUAGACAGCCUGCUGCUGAUAAUGGGUCCGGCGGAUUCAAUAUCCGUGCUUUGAUUCAGGUGCUUCCUGUACUUCUCAUUUUGCUUAUUAACUUUUUGCCUUCGUCAGAUCCUAUCUACACUCUUUCGCAAAACUAUCCCUAUGAACACCGGCUUACUACACCUAAGGGUGUUAACUACUAUGUUAAGUCCACAAAGUUUGAACAAGAUUAUCCCUUGGAUACCCGCGAACGUCUUACAAUUGAGGAAAGAGUUGAGAGAGAAUACUUUGGUAUUCUUCGCCAGAAUUGUCAGUUUGAGAUGCAGCGUCGCCAGUGGGGAUAUAUCAGGGAAACACCUCACUGUGAUAUGCUUAGGAAGUUUGAUUCAGUCCGUUGA